GCCGCUCCUUGGAACCAUCUUCAGGUUUCUCUUAUCCUAAAACCCUAACGCCCCAAUCUCCACACGCGGGAAGCUGCUGCCACCAUUUCCCCGCUCUGUAUCUGCUCCUCUGUUGGAGGGCUCAAAUGGAGCUCAUCAUCGGGCAAAGUCACAGCGGCGUGCUUGCAUUGGCGUCUUCUCGCUCCCUCCUCGGCGGCCGCUUUGCGUUGAGGUGUCUAUCUGCGCUCCGCACCACGGGGUUCCAUAAAGCGGCCCACCCCAAGAACCGCGCCGAAGCCCCGGACUCUUCCCUCUCCCUCUCAAGCCUUGGUUUCAAACCUCAAAUCGAGCCGGGAAGGAAGAAAGAUCGAAGCUUUGUUGAUAUUGGAACGCUGAAACCUGCCGCUACGAAGGUCUCUCCGGCGAGGGACAAGCCGAUCAAACUCAGAAAGGCAAAGCUUCAGAUUGACGAGUCUUUGUUCUCGGCCAAGUCCUUCGCCGAGCUUGGCCUGUCGCCGCGGCUGAUCGAUCGGCUAAAUGAGGCCGGCCUGACCGUUCCGACCGACGUCCAGUCUGUUGCCAUCCCUACCAUCGCGCAGAAGCACGAUGUUGUCGUUCAGUCGUACACAGGCUCUGGCAAGACAUUGGCUUACCUUCUCCCCAUACUCUCCGAAGUAGGCCCGUUGAAGAGGGUGUCCGAUGAUGGAAUGACGCCUGAACAGAAACCGGGAAUCGAUGCUGUUAUCGUUGCCCCCUCGAGGGAGUUAGGCAUGCAAAUAGUGAGGGAGGUGGAGAGGUUGCUUGGUCCUGCGGAUAAGAAGCUCGUUCAGCAGCUUGUUGGGGGCGCAAAUCGGUCACGACAGGAGGAGGCGCUAAAGAAGAACAAGCCGAUUAUCGUAGUUGGUACGCCUGGCCGUAUCGCUGAGAUUUCAGCAGCUGGGAAGCUACACACUCAUGGAUGCCAGUUUUUGGUUUUGGAUGAAGUGGACCAGCUGUUGUCUUUCAAUUACCGUGAAGAUAUGCAUAGAAUUCUGGAGCAUGUGGGAAGAAGGUCAGGAACUAAACCCAGUGGAAUAAUGGGGCCGCUUGCUAGGCGAACUGAUCGUCAGACAAUCUUGGUUUCUGCAACCAUACCAUUUUCGGUUGUGCGGGCAGCUAGGAACUGGGGACGAGAUCCUCUACUUGUCAGGGCCAAGAGUGUGGUACCUCUUGAUUCACUGCCUGCUCCAGGUCCUGGUGUUUUAGCAUCCGAUUCCGAGACGACUUCUACCACUAGCUCAGUAACUCAAGGGGCAACUGAAAGCUUGCCCCCAUCCUUGAAACAUUACUAUUGUGUUUCUAAAAUACAACACAAAGUUGACACAUUAAGGAGAUGUGUCCAUGCACUGGACGCACAAACUGUGAUUGUGUUCAUGAACAAUACCAAGCCAUUAAAGGAUGUUGUUUUUAAGCUGGAGGCUCGUGGCAUCAAAGCGGAAGAACUACACGGCGAUCUUAGCAAGCUUGCUAGAGCAACAACUUUGAAGAAAUUCAAGGAAGGUGAACUCAGAGUUCUGGUGACGAAUGAGUUGUCUGCUAGGGGACUAGAUGUGCCUGAAUGUGACCUCGUGGUCAAUCUGGAUUUGCCAACAGACUCUAUUCAUUAUGCUCAUAGGGCAGGUCGGACUGGACGCCUUGGUCGCAAGGGUAAUGUGGUCACUAUUUGUGAAGAACCUGAGGUUUUUGUUGUGAAAAAAUUGAGGAGGCAUCUAGGUGUAGGAAUCCAACCUUGUGAAUUUACAGAAGGUAAACUUGUUGUUUCCGAGGAGGAAGAAUAAGAAAAUUUACCGAGCAGUGAGAUGUUUGGUACUUUGCACCUUCCUGGCUCUAUGAGACUGUUAACUACCUCACUCAGAAGCAACAGUCCAUGAACUCCUAAAAGUCUGGUUGCAUGUACCUGUGGUCUAACUCCUUUUCUUCUCUGGGUCACCCAGGUACUAACUGCGGUUCU